UUAUGGGAUUUCCUCCCUUCUGCUGCUCCUGCUCCUGCUCCUGCUGAUGGGUUCUGGUGCUAGCUAAUGUCGGUUACGAGUCUUUUGGGAUGGGAAAGAUGAUGAUGAUGGUGGUGGUGGCGGUGGUUAUUCUUGGUGGUCACUGGAGAAAGGAUCUGAUGAGUUCCUUGAGCCCGAUUGCUUCCGCGAUUCCGAUACACUUGAGAAUCACCUGAAGAAAAGAGUUUGUGGGGUCCAUUGUGUUUCUCUGAUGUUCUGACCUUGAAUUCUAUCGCGUCCCCGAGCGUUGUGAGGUAUUGCUUGUAAUUCUGGAUCACGAGUUUUCGCUUGGCACAGACUGGGACUGUCGCUGCUCUUGGGGUUAACUGUGUAUAGAGACAGGGCACAACCGUACGGAAAGCCUUGUGUGACUGUUCGUGUUGAUAGCUGGAAUUCGAGAGUUACGUUGAAGUCGUUUGGAAGAUCGAGAAUACUAGGCUUUUCGUGUAGGAUGAAUUAAAGAGCCUGUCAUUUUUUAUUUGGUAGAUGUAUAUUUUUUGGGAGGUGGUCAGGGCGAGCGGUGAAUGGUAUUCUUGUUUAUUAAGUUUGGGAUCUGGUAGCCAGGAAUGGCGUCUUCCUCGAGUUUUCCGUGCGCUGCAUGCAAGUUUUUGAGGAGAAAAUGCACGGAAGAAUGUGUUUUUGCGCCCUACUUCCCGCCCGACCAGCCGCACAAGUUCGCCAAUGUUCACAAGAUAUUUGGAGCAAGCAAUAUUACAAAGCUUCUGAACGAACUUCCAACGCAUCGAAGGGAGGAUGCGGUGAAUUCUCUUGCGUACGAGUCAGACGCACGGGUGAAAGAUCCCGUAUACGGAUGCGUGGGCGCUAUAUCAGUGUUGCAAAGGCAGGUCGCGCAGUUGCAGACUGAGCUAUCUAUCGCUCAUUCAGACUUGGCGAGGUAUACAGGGGGAGCAUCAUCGUCCUUAGGAAUAGGCACAGGUCUUCUUCCAGGACAGGUCUACCGGGAGCACAUGUUAACGAGAGAACAGUUGAUGGAUCUCGCAAGAGGAGAUCCCUCACAUCUUUCUAGAGAGCAUCUCAUGGAACUAGCAAGGGCUGGAGUAAACUCGUAUGAAGCUCUUCAGGCUCUUGGCCUUUCCGGAGCGCUAGGACCGCUCGGACCAUUUCCGUCUAGUUCUAGACUUGUAGGGGAGAGCGCGAAUAGGAGCGGAGGUGGAGGUGGAGGCGGAAGCGGAGCUAGUGGCAGCACCAUUGGAGGCCAAAUCCCUUCACCACAAUGGACACGAGGGGCCGUGCCGAGAGAGCCAUGCGAUGAAUAGAAGAUUUAGAUGAAUUCUACCGAUGAGGAUUUUGAGGCUCUAGGUGUCUCGGAAGGAAGUAGCACAAACAGCAAUUGCUGGCUACGAAUUCGACAGCAUCCAGUUUUGACGAUGUCAAGUGAUGAGGAUCAUCUUCAACGUCUACCCAGAUCUCUUCUCUGGAAUCUCACAGUUUGUUGAUAGGGGCGUCAAUAGAUCAUGCAAAGCCAGUCCUUCAGCUGGCAGAUACAAACUGGACUAUUUUCGUUUCCUAAAACCGAGUAAGACGAUUAUCAUUUGGUUUGGGAAAUCUCUCAAAUCAGAUUCUGUCUUGUAGUUUUUGCGAAGGAAAACUCCCACGACGUCGUCUGCAGUAACAUUUUAUGUUCAUUCGAAUGUACUUUUGAUUCUGGCACUCUCUUAGUUGGAUACUUGUACCCACACAUUAUCUAGCCUGGGAGUUUCAUUAAUGGUCACUGAGUGAAUAAGUUUCAAUGUG